ACAAAGAAGUGAGGAGUGGAGUAGUUGACACUGGAUGGAUACGUGCGGUGAGAACUAUCAAAACAGGAAACAUUUCACACGCUUCAGAAACCCGGUAUUUUAAUUGUACAUACAUGCUUUAUCCGGGGUAGUUAUGACGGAAAUGUUUUCAACUCUGUACGGGCAAAGUGAAGCUCAGGGACCGCCCGGCUCGUCGUCUCUUGGUUUCGGACCGGGGAAACCUCCGCCGCCUCUGCCGCAGAAUCAAGCCGCCAUGGCGGGGCAGCUGCCACCGCAGCUCGGGGAUGAAGGGCCUGCUCUGCGGAAGCCCGGAGCCAUGAAUGAACCCUUCUACUUAUUGCGGGAGCUUCCUGUGGGAAACGAGUUAACGGGAAACACCAACCUGAUCACGCAUUACAACCUGGAACACGCAUACAACAAAUUCUGUGGGAAGAAGGUGAAGGAGAAACUCAGCAACUUCCUGCCAGAGUUACCAGGUAUGAUCGACUGUCCGGGUACUCAAGACGGCAGCUCGUUGCGCUCACUCAUCGAUAAGCCUCCAGUUUGUGGGAACUCCUUCAGUCCUCUGACCGGCGCACUGCUCACAGGCUUCAGACUACACACAGGACCGCUCCCAGAACAGUACAGACUGAUGCACAUACAGCCUCCAAAGAAAAAGAGCAAACACAAGCACAAACACCACCGACCACAGGAUCCAUUACCACAAGAAACUCCAUCAGACUCUGAUCCCAAGAAGAAGAAGAAAAAGAGAGACGAUGAUCCAGACCGCAAGAAAAAGAAGAAAGACAAGAAGAAGAAGAAGAACCGCCACAGUCCCGACCACCCUGGCCUCGCUGGAUCACAACCCAACAGCAACAGCCUCAGAUAGACGAGAGCCCAUUGUGUGCGUGCCUGAGAUUGAAUGUGUGUGUGGCUGUGUAUUUUGUAAAAUGAUGAGUGUUUUUUUCCAGAUAAUUGUAUUAUUGGCAGAAUGUUUAUGAGAGGGCUUGAUAGACAUAAUGCUAAUGGAUGUGUGACGUGUCGGAGAGAGACAGGAGCCACAACACAAUGAUGAGUUGUUGCUCAUUAUGUGUGUGUGAUGAUGUCAAAUGUUACAGAAUAGUGUAAGAGGCAGAGAGCUGCUGCUGUUGAGCUGAGUGGUGUUAUGAAUGACUGAGCAGAGACUGUAUGUCCCUCUUCGACUCUGUUGUGAUAUCUUUUGACCAGAAUGCCAAAAUCAAAUAAACUUUGGUUAUCAUCUUUA